GCAGCCCCGGAGCCAGGCUUGUCCGGCUCGCAGCUCUCCGCACGCCCGGCGGGUCUGUCCGGCCGUCUGUCCGGCCGGCCGUUCCGCAGGAACGCUCCAGGUGCGGCAUAGAGCAGCUCGCGACCAUGUACGCGCAGGGGCUGCCGGGGCUGGUGGUGCUGCUGCUGGUCACCUCGCUGCCGGCCGGUCACCCCACGCCACCGGCCGGCCCCCCGGCCCUACGGAGCGGUUUGGGGAGUCCUUCUUCGUGCCGGCUGUCCCGGACCGAGUCGGAGCUCCGGUGCCGCAUCCCGGGGGGGAAGCUGUGCAGUGACAGAGGCAGAUGCGAAUGUGGAGUCUGCAUCUGCCAAGUGACAGAGUCCGGCAAAUACUACGGUCCGCGCUGCGAGUGCCACGACUGGGUGUGCGAGAUCUACGAUGGGAAGAUCUGUGCAGGCCAUGGGAAGUGUGACUGUGGGAAGUGCAAAUGUGAUGAAGGCUGGUAUGGUGAAGCUUGUCAGUAUCCAACUACUUGCAAUCUUACACGGAAGAAAAGCAAUGAAAUGUGCAAGAAUUCUCAAGAUAUCAUCUGUUCUGGUGCAGGCACGUGUCAGUGUGGCAGGUGUAAAUGUGCAAACUCAGAAGGAAAUGGCCUGGUCUAUGGUAAAUUUUGUGAAUGUGAUGACAGAGAAUGCAUAGAUGAUGAGACAGAAGAGAUUUGUACAGGCCAUGGAAAGUGUUACUGUGGAAACUGUUACUGUGAGGCUGGUUGGCAUGGAGAUAAAUGUGAAUUCCAGUGUGACAUCACCCCCUGGGAGAUCAAGAAGAGAUGCACAUCUCCAGAUGGCAAAAUCUGCAGCAACAGAGGCACAUGUGUAUGUGGGGAAUGCACAUGCCAUGAUGUGGACCCAACUGGUGACUGGGGAGAUAUUCAUGGAGAUACUUGUGAGUGUGAUGAAAGAAACUGCAAAGCAGUGUAUGAUAGAUAUUCUGAUGACUUCUGUUCAGGUCAUGGACAGUGUAAUUGUGGAAGAUGUGACUGUAAAGAAGGAUGGACUGGGAAGAAGUGUGAACAUCCACAUUCUUGUCCAUUGUCAGCUGAGGAAAGUGCUAAGAAAUGUCAAGGAAAUUCUGAUUUACCUUGCUCUGGAAGAGGGAGAUGUGAAUGUGGCCAGUGCACUUGUUUCCCUCCAGGGGACAACAGAGUUCAUGGCAAAAACUGUGAAUGCGACGAUCGACAGUGUGAAAAUGCGGACGGUGAUGUCUGUGGGGGCCAUGGUAUCUGCUCAUGCGGCCGAUGCAUUUGCCAGGACGGAUGGUUUGGAAAGUUGUGCCAGCAUUCAAGGAAGUGCAACAUGACGGAGGAGGAGAGCAGAAGUCUCUGCGAGUCAGCGGAUGGCAUAUUAUGCUCGGGGAAGGGUUCCUGCCACUGUGGAAAGUGCAUCUGUUCACCACAGGAAUGGUACAUUUCGGGCGAUCUCUGUGAAUGCGAUGACAGAGACUGUGACAAACAUGACGGUCUCAUUUGCACAGGCAACGGUGUUUGUAGCUGUGGAAACUGUGAGUGCUGGGAAGGAUGGAAUGGAAAUGCUUGUGAAAUCUGGCUGGGGAGAGAAUAUCCUUAACAAAGGACAUCAAAGACUGAGGAGGUUUUUUGUUUGUUUUUCUUUAAGCUGCUAGACCGUUUAAUUUCAGAAGUACUCAGUAUGUGGGUGUGCAUGCACACACACACACACACACGUGUAAAUACUUUAGAACACUCAUUUGAGGGCCUGCUCCUUAAAGAAAUGCAUGACAAAACAAAAAGAAAAAAAUUAAAAAUGCCUUGGGAGCAGGACAGUCCAAGCUCUAAAAGGUGAAGUCAUAAAAUACUGGCCCUGUGGAACUUCUCCAGAGUUUUUUGGUAAAUUUGAUGGGACUGAGAUUACACCCAUAAUGCCUGUUCCUUCAGCAACCUUUGGAAAAGGUGUAAGAAAGCCUUUCUUUUUUUUUUUUUUUUUUAACAUUAUUUACUUGGUUGUCACGUCUCCGUAUCAGUAUGCAGCAAUACUCCUGCAGAAGAGUAGCACUAGUUGAACAUUUGUCAAAUAAUUAAUUUGAUUAAUUUUAUGGUGUUUGACAAAUACAUUGGUGCGUUUUUCUUUCAACAGUCCUGAUUAUGCACCGGCUCAUAAAUUGAGAGAAGCUGUAAAGCAGCUUAUCAAAAUAUUAAUGAUUUUUUUAUUUGGUCAAAGAAUUGUAUUUGUGUAACUGAGGUCCAAUUACCUGACAACCAUAGACUGAAGACCCAAAAUGUUUGAACAGACCCUUUUCCACAAGAGAACUUCUUUGUUUCUGUGGUUAAUGUGUCAGAGAGUUGGUUAUCUAGUCUACAUACUACGAUACUUUCAAAUACAUAACCUAUAGGAGUAUAAGGAAUGAAACUAAUAAAGAUAUAAAUGUAUGAUUACCUAUUCUGAAUAUGUAUCCUGCAACUCAUAUGUACUUUUAUCAUACUGUUCUAUGUAUGUACGGUUGCCUAGUCCUCUUAAAAGUAAAGCAAAUGAAAAUUUGUUAUAUUAAUAACUUUUAGGAUAACAAUUCUGUAUGCUAUUAGAAAUCACUGUUUGGAACAGAUUGCACUGUCACACAUUGUAUUCAUUGAAUUUAACUGCUUUUAUAGAAGUGGGGAGCCUGAAGGUCAACUGACUUGAAAAAUCAGCUAUGCUAUGCAGUAGCCUGGUCUCAGCCAAAGAUGUUCAGACAAUGGCAACAAAGUAAUUAAAGUUUUAAUACAGUAAAUACAAACAAAGCAGUGGUAUGAACAAAAAUUUUAUUUUUAUUUUCCAAUGGUGAAAUGCUGCUCAGUGUGAAAUUCACAUUGAGUUAUGAAUGAUGCACAACUAUUGGGACUUCCCUAACUUAUUUACAUAUAAGUCUCUUAUUUUUUUGUACAUGUAGAUUUGGCAGCCCUUUAAUUCUUUCGAGCAAAAAAAAAGAUACAUACAUUUUUGUUUCAAAAGUGUUUACAUUUUGUGAAACCACGAUUGAGCAAGAAAUUGCUUAAAUGGCUGGAAAAUAUUUCUUUUUAAUACCAAACUGUAACAUUGUGGUUUAGGUGCCAAGGUCCUGAUUUUUGAAGAAGUACGUGACUCAGAAAUAAGGGAACUAUAUAUCAACCAAAAAAGGUAUUUCCAUUAUUAGUCUAGAAAUUAGUUUCCUUUUAGAAAGGAUAAUUUUGAAAUAGGAAAAUACAGUGGUACAGGACAUGUAAUAGAAUGCAAAAAAUUUGAAUGAAUUUAUUUAAUCACUUUUAUUAUUACCCCUUCCCAUGUAGCUUGCUCUUUCUCUUACCCAAUUUUUUUCCUUACCCUUGAUUCUUUCUUUCUAAAAAUGAAGCUUGUGAAACCUGUGUUCUCAGG